CAUAAUCACGGUUUGUAAUUUAAUUAGGCCCUUUGCUUCAACAAGUUGUAAAUGAAAUCCGGGCAUCGUCCGGGCUCUCUAUCUUGUAUGGAGUAACUAAUAACACAGCGGAAGAGAUAGACACAGAGAUCCAUUUCACUCUCUCAAUUUCCAGAUCUCUCUAUUUUAUCAUUUCACUCCACUGUUUCAAAGAAAAGAAAACACCUGAUAGAAAAUGGCUGCAGGAGGUUUUGUUAGCCGAGCAUUCGAGUCAAUGCUUAAGGAAUGUUCGGGAAAGAAAUAUCCUGAUCUUCAAAAGGCAGUUCAAACUUAUAUCGAUGGCACUAAAGUGGCAAGUCAGCAAUCUAAACUUACUGAGACUGAGACGAAUCAACCAGCAUCAUCGACUGGAGCUGAGGGUUCACUUGAAUCUGAAGGUGGAGCUGCCAAAACUGAAACACCAUCAGAUCAGUCACAAACAGUUCCACAUACUUCUGACGAGGCACAUAGUGGUAAGCCAGUUGGCAAAGGUGGAAACAUAACAGCUGCCUUAGCAAAUGCUGGGUGCACUCUAGAAGGAGAUGAUGUAGAGCUUGUAUUGAAUCCACUCCGUCUUGCUUUUGAGACAAAGAAUUUGAAAAUCUUAGAACCUGCUUUGGAUUGUCUUCAUAAACUCAUUGCUUACAAUCAUUUAGAGGGAGAUCCUGGUCUGGAAGGUGGUAACAAUGCCCAACUGUUUACUGAAAUUUUGAACAUGAUUUGCAAUUGUGUCGAUAAUUCAUCACCUGACAGUACGAUUUUGCAAGUGCUAAAGGUACUUCUGACUGCUGUGGCAUCUGCAAAAUUUAGAGUACAUGGGGAGCCUUUGCUGGGAGUAAUCAGAAUUUGCUACAAUAUUGCCUUGCACAGCAAGAGCCCUAUAAAUCAAGCAACAUCAAAGGCGAUGCUGACUCAGAUGAUUAGUAUCGUAUUUAGAAGAAUGGAAACUGACCCUCAAAAUCAGGUUUCUACUUCAUCAAGUUCUGCUGAAAAUACGGAAGCCUCCUCAACAGAGAAUUCUGCAAAAGUGGAAGAGGAUUCAACAGCAGACCACAAUGAGGAAGGAAUGACUUUGGGAGAUGCACUUAAUCAGGUUAAAGAGACAUCUCUUGCGUCUGUCGAGGAACUCCAAAAUCUUGCUGGCGGUGCUGAUAUCAAGGGUUUGGAGGCUGUUCUUGACAAAGCUGUGCAUGUUGAAGAUGGUAAAAAGAUAACACGAGGGAUUGACCUGGAGAGCAUGACCAUCGGACAACGAGAUGCUUUACUGGUAUUCCGCACCCUUUGCAAGAUGGGUAUGAAAGAAGAUACUGAUGAAGUCACGACCAAGACUAGGAUCUUGUCACUAGAGCUUCUGCAGGGGUUAUUGGAAGGAGUUAGCCAUUCCUUUACCAAGAACUUCCAUUUUAUUGACUCUGUAAAAGCAUACCUUUCUUAUGCUCUGUUGCGAGCUUCAGUUUCACAGUCUCCUGUCAUAUUUCAGUACGCAACUGGAAUCUUCUCAGUACUUCUAUUGCGGUUUAGGGAAAGUCUUAAAGGCGAAGUUGGUGUCUUUUUUCCCUUGAUAGUUCUACGAUCAUUGGAUGGCUCAGAAUGUCCUAUUAACCAAAAAAUGAGUGUACUUCGUAUGCUCGAGAAAGUAUGUAAGGAUCCUCAAAUGCUUGUUGAUGUAUAUGUGAACUAUGAUUGUGAUCUCGAGGCACCAAACUUGUUUGAACGCUUGGUAAAUACACUGUCUAAAAUAGCUCAAGGGACUCAAAGUGCAGACCCAAAUUCUGUUGCUGUAUCCCAGACUACAUCAGUUAAAGGAUCAUCACUUCAGUGUCUAGUAAACGUGCUGAAAUCACUGGUUGAUUGGGAGAAGUUAUGUAGAGAAUCCGAGGAAAAGAUUAAAAGAACUCAGUCUCUCGAAGAACUUUCAUCUGGAGAAUCUGUUGAGACAAAAGGCAGAGAAGAUGUGCCCAAUAAUUUUGAAAAGGCAAAGGCUCACAAAUCUACUAUGGAAGCUGCUAUUGGAGAGUUCAAUCGGAAGCCAAUGAAGGGCAUAGAGUAUCUGGUAUCGAGCAAGCUGGUGGAAAACAAGCCUGCUUCAGUUGCCCAAUUUCUAAGAAACACUCCCAAUUUGAAUAAGGCUAUGAUUGGUGAUUAUUUGGGUCAACACGAAGAGUUUCCCCUUGCUGUCAUGCAUGCUUAUGUGGAUUCCAUGAAGUUUUCAGAAAUGAAGUUUGAUAUGGCAAUCCGUGAAUUUCUCAAAGGAUUCCGACUUCCUGGAGAAGCCCAAAAGAUAGAUCGAAUCAUGGAAAAGUUUGCAGAGAGAUAUUGUGCAGAUAAUCCAGGUCUCUUCAAAAAUGCAGAUACUGCAUAUGUUCUUGCAUAUGCAGUUAUAAUGUUGAAUACAGAUGCACAUAACCCGUUGGUGUGGCCUAAAAUGUCUAAGUCAGAUUUCAUACGCAUGAAUGCCAUGAAUGAUUCUGAAGAUUGUGCUCCAACGGAUCUACUGGAAGAGAUCUAUGACUCCAUUGUUAAAGAAGAGAUCAAAAUGAAAGAUGAUGCAGCUGAUAUUGGGAAAAGCAGACAAAGGCCAGAAAGUGAAGAGAGAGGUCGACUUGUUAAUAUUUUGAAUCUGGGUCUCCCCAAAAGAAAGUUAUCAACGGAUGCCAAGUCUGAGAGUGCAGCUAUAAUUAAGCAAACACAAGCAAUAUUCCGGAAGCAAGGAGUGAGAAGAGGAAUUUUCCAUACAGUACAACAGGUUGAAAUUGUAAGGCCUAUGGUUGAGGCUGUAGGGUGGCCUCUACUUGCUACUUUCUCUGUGACCAUGGAGGAAGGUGAAAAUAAGCCUAGGGUUGUCCUUUGCAUGGAGGGUUUUAAAGCCGGAAUACAUAUAACACAUGUUCUUGGAAUGGAUACCAUGCGUUAUGCUUUCUUAACAUCUUUGGUCCGAUUUACUUUCUUACAUGCUCCAAAGGAAAUGCGUAGUAAAAAUGUAGAAGCAUUGCGGACUCUACUUGCACUAUGUGACUCAGAAACUGAUUCCCUCCAAGACACGUGGAAUGCAGUUCUGGAAUGUGUUUCUCGGCUUGAAUUUAUUACUUCAACUCCUUCUAUUGCCGCAACUGUCAUGCAUGGAUCAAAUCAGAUUUCCAGGGAUGCCGUGCUUCAAUCUCUAAGAGAGCUGGCUGGGAAACCUGCUGAACAAGUUUUUGUCAAUAGUGUUAAAUUACCCAGUGAUUCUGUUGUGGAAUUCUUCACUGCUCUCUGUGGUGUAUCAGCUGAAGAAUUAAAGCAGACUCCUGCACGUGUGUUCAGUUUGCAAAAGCUUGUUGAGAUCAGCUACUAUAAUAUGGCUCGUAUACGCCUGGUUUGGGCUAAAAUAUGGUCUGUCCUUGCAAAUCAUUUUAUAUCUGCUGGGAGCCAUCGUGAUGAGAAAAUUGCCAUGUAUGCCAUUGAUUCCUUAAGACAGCUUGGUAUGAAGUAUUUGGAGCGCGCCGAGCUUGCUAAUUUCAGUUUCCAGAAUGACAUUCUCAAACCUUUUGUUGUUCUUAUGCGGAAUAGUCGAAGUGAUUCCAUAAGGAGACUAAUUGUUGACUGCAUUGUUCAAAUGAUCAAAUCUAAAGUUGGAAGCAUAAAGUCUGGAUGGCGUAGCGUUUUUAUGAUUUUCACAGCAGCUGCAGAUGAUGAACUGGAGUCAAUUGUGGAAAGUGCCUUUGAAAAUGUUGAACAGGUUAUUUUGGAACACUUUGAUCAGGUCGUUGGGGAUUGUUUCAUGGACUGUGUCAACUGUCUUAUAAGGUUUGCCAAUAACAAAACUUCUCAUCGUAUAAGUUUGAAGGCUAUUGCACUUCUCCGCAUAUGCGAGGAUCGUUUGGCUGAGGGCCUUAUACCCGGCGGUGCUCUGAAGCCUAUUGAUGCUAAUGUUGAUGCAACUUUUGAUGUGACUGAGCAUUAUUGGUUCCCAAUGCUAGCUGGUUUAUCGGAUUUGACAUCAGAUGCAAGACCUGAGGUUAGAAGCUGUGCACUUGAAGUUUUGUUUGAUUUAUUGAACGAGAGAGGUAGCAAGUUUUCAACGUCGUUUUGGGAGAGCAUUUUCCACCGCGUCUUGUUUCCCAUUUUUGAUCAUGUGAGACAUGCUGGAAAGGAAAGCUUAAUCUCUUCUGAUGAUGAGUGGUUUCGAGAAACCAGCAUCCAUUCACUUCAAUUGCUGUGCAACCUUUUUAACACAUUCUACAAGGAAGUAUGCUUCAUGUUGCCUCCACUUUUGAGUUUGCUUCUGGACUGUGCAAAAAAGACAGAUCAGACUGUGGUUUCCAUAUCUUUGGGUGCAUUAGUACAUCUCAUAGAAGUUGGCGGUCACCAAUUUAGUGAGAGUGACUGGGACACGUUGUUGAAAAGCAUAAGAGAUGCUUCAUACACAACACAGCCACUUGAGUUGCUUAAUGCUUUGAGUAUUGAGAACCUCAAAAGCCCUUUGGUAUUGGCUACAGAUUCCGAGAUCGGUACUGGUGAUGUUGCAGAUAACCAUAUCUUUGAUGGCGGUGAUCAUGCAUCUGUUGUACAGGACCAUAGUCAGGAAUUGGGGUCACAAAGCAAUUUGGACGGGCCAGAAGGCCUUCCUUCACCAUCAGGAAAAGCUCAUAAACCUGCCGAUCUCCAAAGGAGUCAAACUAUAGGUCAAAAAAUAAUGGGAAAUAUGAUGGACAAUCUGUUUCUCAGAAGUCUUACCUCCAAAUCCAAGGCUCGUGCUUCAGAUGCCUCAGUGCCAUCCUCUCCAAUUAAGGUUCCUGAUGCCGUGGAGCCUGAUGCCAAAAAUGAGGAGGAAAGUCCAUUGAUGGCAACAAUUAGGGGCAAGUGCAUCACUCAAUUAUUACUUCUUGGUGCUAUCGAUAGCAUUCAGAUGAAGUACUGGAGCAAGUUAAGCGCCCCUCAAAAGAUUGCUAUAAUGGAUGCUUUGUUAUCCACCUUAGAGUUUGCUGCUUCAUAUAAUUCAUAUCCAAACCUCAGAACUCGAAUGCACCACAUUCCUGUUGAGAGGCCUCCCCUAAACCUUCUUCGUCAAGAAUUAACCGGAACUAGCAUUUAUCUAGAUGUGUUACAGAAAACAACUUCAGGUUUCCAUGCCAAAAAGGAGCAACCAACGGAACCUAAUGUUUCUGAGGAUGUUAAUAUUACUUCAGUCCAAAAUGGAGACACAACUGGUGAUGCAAAGCUUGAAGGAAUAGCAGAAGAGAAAUUGGUGUCUUUCUGUGAGCAGGUACUCAAGGAAGCAUCUGAUCUCCAGUCCUCUGUAGGGGAGGCUACUAAUAUGGAUGUCCAUCGAGUUUUGGAGUUGCGGUCACCCGUAAUUGUUAAGGUGCUUAAAGGCAUGUGCUUUAUGAACAAUCAAAUUUUCAGAAGACAUUUGAGAGACUUCUAUCCUUUGCUUACCAAACUUGUCUGCUGCGAACAGAUGGAAAUUCGUGGAGCAUUAGGUGAUCUCUUCAGGGCGCAAUUAAAAUCUCUACUACCAUUGUGAUUGGAAAAAAUCUGUUGGUGUUCUUGGAGGAAUGAUUUUCCACAGUGCCGUUCAUUCCAAAAGCUGAUUGUCCCCGAACUUCAGAUAAUCUUUGAGUGCACUUAUAUAACAGACAUUUUAUUUGCAGAUUAAAGCAUCUAGAUGCCAUUGUUUUUAGUGUAAAGAAUUUAGAGAGAAAAAAGAGAAAAUAUAGGAGCUAUUCUUGUAUAAUUUUUGCCUGUGAUAUACGGAAAUUAGUUUCUGAAACUAUUUAAGAAAUGAGGAAAGUCAGGAUUAUUAUCUA